AUGCUUCCAUGCCUCUUUAUUCUUUUUUCUACUUUUUCUAUUGUCUCGGCAGCUCCGAAACCGGCUAAUUUGGCUAAUUGUGAGCGCAACUCAGAUAAAACCUGCGACUGCAAAAAUACCGCCGCUUUGAGGCCUCUCCUACGUUCGUGGAAUGAAAAAAUCGGGGAUCAUUUCUACAUGAUGAGCCAUGAAGAGCAACUGAAUGCAAUCGGGCUUGGCUAUACGAUGGAAAACGAUAUGGGACUGAUCGGCACUGUAUCGCCAAGUGGUUGUGCCGGAAUCGUGCCAAUCUACAGGAUGUGGUCGGACCUAGCAAGUGAUCACCUCUAUACGACGAACUACGACGAGAAAGAGUAUGCACUCAAAUGGCACCGGUACAACCUCGAGAGCACAAUGGGCUACUGCAUGGCGGCGCCUGGCUGCGGUCUAGUGCCUCUGCAUCGGUUCUGGAACCCGCAAAUUCGAGAUCAUUUCUAUACGAGCGACGAAGUGGAGAAGGACCAGUUUUGUCAGAAUUCGGCAGUGUCAACCAUGCUCUCGACUUGCCUCCUUCUCCUUUGCAUCUCAUCAAUGGUCUUGGCAUUACCCGGUCAACCUGUCAAUCUAACGAACUGUCCGACAACUACGUGCACCUGCAAAACAAGCGCCGGUAUCACACCGCUCCUUCGUUCAUGGAACAGCCAAAUUGGCGAUCAUCUCUACACGACAAAUCGUGAUGAGCAGCUGAAUUCAAUCGGAAAAGGCUACGUAGUAGAGGCCAACAUGGGCUUCAUUGGUACGGUGGCGGGUUAUGGUGGGUGCAGCGGAUUGGUGCAAAUCUAUCGAUUGGUGUCACCUACUGCAAAUGAUCACUUCUAUACGACGAGCUAUGAUGAAAUGCUGAAUGUGCUCAAAACGUACAACCUCGAGGGCACAAUGGGCUAUUGCAUGGCAGCGUCUGGCUGUGGUCUGGUGCCACUGCAUCGCUUCUGGAACCCGAGCAUCUUAGACCAUUUCUAUACAAGCGAUCAAGUGGAGAAAGACUCUUUCUUGCAAAACGGCGCCUGGAAAGCUUUCACCAAAAUGCUCUCGACUCUCCUUCUUCUUUCCCUUUUGGCGACAGCCCGGACAGCUCCACAGACGGGACCGAUCGAGCAAAUUGACUGUCAACGCGAUUCGGUGAAAUCCUGCAGCUGUAAAAGUGGCGCCGCUCUGACGCCACUACGCCGUUCGUGGAAUGGAGAUCUCCAAAACCACUUCUACACACCAAGUCGCGAUGAGCAGCUGAAUUAUGUGGGACUCGGAUACAAAGUGGAGAGCGACAUGGGAUUCAUCGCUACGGCAACACCGGGCGAUUGCGCCGGGAUCGUGCCCAUCUAUCGAAUGUCUCACGUAGAAAGCCAUGAUCACUUCUACACGACAUCCUAUAUCGAGAUGCUGAACUACCUCAGGAGCUACUACAUUGAAUCAACCGCAAUCGGUUAUUGUAUGUCUGGACCAGGGUGCGGUUUGAUUCCACUGCAUCGACUGACGAAUUGGACUAUCGUAGAUCAUUUGUACACGAUCGAUGACGCGGAGAAGGACAGAGCGAUGCAGGGGCAAUAUGACUAUAAUGGAAUUCAGUGCUACGUCUGGUCGUCGCUCGAUGCGACCGACUGU